AUGUCCCUCGGUCGUACUCUCACUCUUAACAACGGCGUCAAGGUGCCCCAGAUUGGUUUCGGCACUUGGCAGGCCGCGCCCGGAGAGGUCGAGAAGGCCGUCGCUGAGGCCAUCAAGGUCGGCUACCGUCACAUUGACGCUGCUUUGAUCUACGGCAACCAGAACGAGGUUGCCGAAGGUAUCAUUCGUGACAGCAACGUGAAGCGCGAGGACCUCACCAUCGUCUCCAAGCUCUGGAACAACUCGCACCGCCCAGAGCUCGUCGAGGCCGACCUCGACACCACCCUCAAGCAGCUCGUCACUCCUUACCUUGACGUCUACCUUAUUCACUGGCCUGUCGCCUUCAAGCCCGGUCCGGAGCUCGCCCCCAAGAACGCCGACGGCAAGUCGGUCGCCAUUGACACUGAGGCUCCCGGUAUUGCUGCCACUUGGGCCGAGCUUGUUCGCAUCUACAAGGAGACCAACAAGGUCCGCGCGAUUGGUGUGUCCAACUUCAACGUUGCCCAGCUCGAGACCAUCAUCAAGGCCACUGGCGUCGUCCCGGCCAUGAACCAGAUUGAGGCCCACCCCUCGCUCAUCCAGCCCGAGCUCUUCGAGUACUGCAAGCAGAAGGGCAUCGUGAUCACCGCCUACAGCCCCCUCGGCAACAACAUUACCGGCAAGGACCGCGUGAUUGACUCGCCUGCCGUCAAGGACAUUGCCAAGCGUCUCGGCAAGGAGCCUGCACAGGUCCUCAUUGCCUGGGCCACCAAGAGCGGCUUCUGUGUCAUCCCCAAGAGCGUGACCCCCUCCCGCAUUGCUUCCAACUUUGAGACCUUUGACCUCUCGGACGCUGAUUACGAGGAGCUCAGCGCGUGGGGCAAGGCCCACCGUGUCCGUGCCAACACUCCCAGCGAGUACAACCCCAAGUGGUCGAUCAACGUGUUCGAGGAGCCGAACGAGCAGGCUGAGCCCCUCAAGGUCUGGUAG